UCUGGUGUGUUCUGUGGAGAAGGAUUCAGCUUAGGAAUACUGACUGAGACUGACAGAAACAUUACAGACGUUUCUGUAACCUUUGAAAAAAAUGAAGAUGAGUAUCCGUUGGAUGUCUUUCUUGGCAACACUAGCACUCAUAUCAUGUACACUUUCAAAAGAUCUCCCUCAAAGCAACGAAGUGGAUAAUACAGAAAAAGACCAGUUGGAUUUGAUUGCUGAAGACGAAAGUUUGAAUGAAAUCGACAGCAACAGCAAUGAAAAUGAAGUUGAUGCGGACAACGCUGAAAAUGAAAUUGGGGGAGGUUAUGUUGCAGAUCCUUGUUUGAAAGUACGGUGCGGAGCAGGCAGAGUUUGUGAAGUGAAUGAGAAAGGCCAAGGACAAUGUGUUUGCAUUCCAGAAUGCCCUCAGGAAACGGACGAUAGGAGAAAGGUAUGUAGCAAUCACAAUGAAACUUGGAGCAGUGACUGCGAAGUUUACAGAAUGAGAUGUUUCUGCAGCGAAAACUCUGAAGAAUGCACUAAAGACAAGUACAAGCAUGUGCAUGUCGAUUACUAUGGUGGAUGCAGAGAUAUACCCAAGUGCUCCGAAGAAGAAAUGGAAGAUUUUCCAAGACGUAUGCGCGAAUGGCUUUUCAACAUCAUGCAUGACCUUGCUCAAAGGUCAGAAUUGGACGAUCAGUAUCUUCAGUUAGAGCAAGAAGCUGAACGCGAUCUAGCAAAGAAAUGGGCCAAUGCAGUUAUCUGGAAGUUCUGCGAUUUAGAUUCACAUCCUUUUGACAGAUCCGUCUCUCGUCAUGAGCUGUUUCCCAUCCGUGCACCACUCCUGGCUAUGGAGCACUGUAUCGCUCCUUUCCUCGAUAAAUGUGAUGCUGAUGAUGAUCAUCGCAUAUCGUUGAAAGAAUGGGGAUUGUGCUUAGGACUUGACGAAAAUGAAAUUGAAGAUAAAUGCAUAAAUAUUCGAGAAAACAACGAGUAAAAAUAUAAUAGCCUUACAAAAACAUACUGUGAAAAAGCCUGCUUUAUCACUGCCAUGUCAAUUUGUUAGCCAAGUCAAUGGAAUUAAGACUCGUAUCUUAUGCAGUUUCUAUCAAAAAUGGCAAAAUGUUUGUGUCAUUGAUUCGUUGUUGAAAGCUUUGCAAUAAAUCAUCUUUUCAUUUCUUUCGCAUAAUUUAAUAAAAUAAAAAUUAAAAUAUGAA